AUGCCCGCAUUCGCGACUCGACAGCAAUCGUCACACAACGAUUCCCAGUUCACCACAGGAACUCGAUGCAAAGCGAUGCGGUACCCGGCUGUAAUUGUCGACACCGUCCGUGGCAUGGUAUAUGGCAAAGUCGCUGUUACCCGGUGCUGCAUCAACGCUGGCACGAUCAAGGUUAUGGAGCACGUUCGCAGCAGACUCGAGGCACAGUUCAACGUUCGACGUGACGACUAUCGCCAGGAUAAAGUAUGUCUCAUGGAACGUACAGGUAGUUCUGAAACGUACCGUACGGCACGUAUCCUGGAGGAAGCGGAUACGUCCGUGAACUUGGAAGUAGGACAAGACAUGCGGAUCGCCACUAUCGAGCACGAAAUCGGGGAUUUUCCUCGUCACGGAAUUGCUCUGUUGCGUAAAACAAUAUCCUUUAACUGGCGUUGUCCAGCGUACAUCCCCAAAUCACAACCGUAUUCUGCACAAGCACGGGAAUUAUGUUCCCUGCACGAUAAUGAAUUCGAUAUUUUCGAUGAUGCUGAUGAUGCCGCUUCGAUACCGCUGCAUGAGACAGCGCGCGGGCUGAAGCGCUCGGCAGCGGCGGCGGCGGCAAUGCGAGGCAUUUUUCCAGGCGCUAUGCUUGGCGCUGCAAACUUUGUACCCGUUUCUUCUUCAAACUCGGCACCAUGUCGAAUACCCUCGCAAACCUCAUCCAGCAGCGUGUAG